UAUCCCGUUAAUGUACAGACACUGGCCAUCCCUGCAUGCACAUCCACACUGCCUGUUUGACCACUCAGCCCAUCUUGCGGGGAUAAGGAGCAGGAGUGAGCUUCUUAUGACAUUUUAAAACUCGUUUGUUGUGACGUGAAUGAAUAUGAUUACUCGCUAGAUGGCAAAACUCCUGCAGGCGGAUCUUUGGACCUUCAAGCCUUGAGAUGCUCUGAGUGUGGGAGUGUGGUGCUGCCGUUGCUGUGAGUGCGUGGCGCCCCUGAGUGACUGAGGGCGUGGGCACCUUCCUUACGUUGACCCCUACACGAGGCUUGGAGUCCAAGUAGAAUAGGUUACUCAUGUAUGGACGGGGAGGAGCGAGUGGAAGUGAAAUCAGCGUGGCCCAGUGAGUGAGGCAAGACACGGCUGAUUGUGGUGCGCUUGAGAGAAGUGUGUCGGGGAGAGACUAGAGUGCCUCGCCGUGGCUGUCACAGAUGUCUACGUGUACGGAUCUUAGUACCUCGCUGUUUCGCCUCGACAGGACCCGAGGAUGUAAUCUGUAGCUGGCGGGCCUGUGGCAAGGCUGUGGUGAAGUGCUUGUGUGUAUGUGUGUGAGGCCUGGCCCUGCCUUGCGUGAGUCACCAUGGAUCCCUGGCGUGCACUCAGGGUUACUCUGCACCUCCUCCUCCUCCUGCUGGUUUCUCAAGAGGCACAGGGGAACAACGGUCCACCGGGCUUGAAGUCAGAUAAGGACUGGUUUGUGUCGGAAGACGAAGCUAUUGGGGCAGUGGUCACUCGUCUUGUAACCUUCAAUGAAAGGAAUAACAGCGUCACCUUCGAGCUCGAGCCCAACACGGAAGGCGAAACAAUACACACGUACUUCACGGUAGACGACCAGCGAAGAGUUGUAGUCGCGAAGAACCUGAGUGGUCUGUUGAAACCCUCGGAGAAGAGGAAGGACUUCAUGCUACGUGUGAAGCUGAAUGACAGUAAAUUUAACCCUGUGGUUGUGGUGAGGCUGCAGGUGGCCAAGCAGGGGGAGUGGCAUGAAGGGCCUAGAGGCUUUGAAGGUCCUCCAGGGUUCAGGGGAGAGCAGCCACAUAGGUUUCCAGGUGGCAACUUCCCACCCAUCCAAACACCAGACCCCAUGCCUGUACCCUUCCUGUCAGUUGAAAAGAAAUGGCAUGUGAGGGAGGGUGCACCAGUAGGCACCCUUGUUAACACAGUGUAUGUGUAUGACUUGGCACAGAACGGUUACAUCUUGGAUCUCAUUGAUCCCACUCAGCUCUUGCAGAUUGACAGGAAGACAGGACGCAUCACCUUGGCUGCCUCACCAACCGUCCAGCAGGUUGGAUCCUUCAAUGUGAAGGUGAUUGCCGACAGCCCACAAGGCACUGCUGAGGAGGAGGUACAGCUGCUUGUGCUUGCAUCCCACCAUAUCCCAAGCACUAGACCAGACCAAGUAAAUCAACUGGACCUCCAAGUGGUGGGGGGAGGAGGAGGAGGAUCAGUAACCAGCAGUACAGAGCCCCCCACUGCAGGACAUACAAGAGGCAGCCUGACAGUCAUCACCAUUCUGGUAGUAGUGGGGGUGGUGCCUGUGGUUGGUGCUGUCCUUUGGUGUUGGAAUAGGCAUCGCAGACUGGUGGCUGCAAGGUCUAAGAAGAGUGCAGUUAUGUAUGACAAGGAGAAGGAAGCUGCAGCCACCGUGGAGCCUGAGGAGCAGAGAGGCAGUGAGUCACAGCAGCAGGGAAGCAUUGUAGGCCUGGCAGCACGGUGGUGGCGCCGGGCCUCCAGCAACACCUAUGAGGACUCCUUCAGAAACAGUAAAGAGAAGCGGAAAAGUACAACCACUGCAAUGUCCGCUUCAGACACGUGGGAGUUUCCACGUCACCGUCUCAAGUUCAUGGGUAUCCUGGGUGAGGGAUGCUUUGGGCAGGUGUGGAAAUGUGAGGCCACAGGGCUGAAGGGUGAGAAGACCACACUGGUGGCUGUGAAAACUCUGAAGGAGUCUGCUGGGGAGCGGGAGAGGAAGGACUUGGUGCAGGAGCUGAAGGUGCUGAAGAGCCUUGGUCAGCAUCCUAAUGUCCUCUCCAUGCUGGCUUGCUGUACUGAGAAAGACCCCUUGUUCAUUGUGCUGGAAUACAUGGUCAUCGGUAAGCUGCAGAGUCACUUGAGGUCUUCUCGUGCAGACACAUCAUACAACAACCUGCACGGGUCCUCCUCCUCCAUCACGCCAAAGGACUUGAUUCUCUUUGCCUACCAGACAGCCAGAGGGAUGGAGUUUCUGUGUAGGAAUGGGAUUGUACAUAGGGAUUUAGCAACAAGAAAUGUCCUGCUUGGGGAGGAUAAGGUGUGCAAGGUGGCAGACUUUGGCCUUGCAAGGGACGUGGCCAACAACCGGAUCUAUGAGAGGAAGAGUGACGGCCGGCUGCCUGUCAGAUGGAUGGCUCCUGAGUCACUCUUUGACAAUAUUUUCUCUGCAAAGUCUGAUGUUUGGAGCUUUGGUGUCCUUUUAUGGGAAAUUGUUACUCUGGGUUCAACGCCCUACCCAGGGAUGGGUGCCAACGAGGUUAUGAGGAAGGUGCGUGACGGUUACCGCAUGGAGAAACCUGACCACUGUCGCCGGGAGAUCUACAACAUCAUGUACUACUGCUGGGACAAGGACCCCGUGGAGCGGCCGUGCUUCACUGAGCUAGUGCACACCCUGGAGGGGCUCGUCAUGACAGAAGUGGAGUACAUUGAACUGGACCGGUUUCCAGAUCGCAACUACUACAACAUCAUGCAAGGGAAGGCUGAUGAGCUUUUAUAGGAGUGUUUUAGUCUUGGUGAGCACUGUUAGCAAUGAAAAAAGAAGUACAGUAGUCAGUUGAAUUUAUUGUAGUAGUAGUAGUGGUAGGUUGAUGCACAGUGUAACAUCGUAAUAGCACAGUCAGAUUCUUAUUGCCAACUUGUGGGUGUGAACAGUAUCUUUAGUGUGUGUGUGUGUGUGUGUGUGUGUGUGUGUGUGUGUGUGUGUGUGUGUGUGUGUGUGGUUGUUGUCCUUCCACACUUAAUUUAUGGGACACUUUGUGGAACGUGCCUGUACAGUCAUGGGUAAAAAUUGAGUAACCUGCCACACUCCUUUUCACUGUGUCAAUUAUUUUCCCACAAUUAUAAGUCCUCUGAUCUCUUUAUAAUCCAAUAUUCAUCAGGAUGUGUAUGGAGACUGUCAGGAAAAAUACUUAAUACAGUGGGAAAUUGUGGCAUGUUGGAACUUUUGACCAUAACUGUAUCUUAAAAUUAAUGAUCCUGUGCCUAAGUAGCCCCUCCCACUUGUGUGAGUGCGGUAGUCCUAGUUGCCACUCAUCUGGUCACAGUCUUGAACUCUUCACUCUCCCAUUGAACCCCUCAGGAGUCUCUCAGUGUUUUGCUCAUGGAGAAACACUGUCAGAGAUGCGAGUUUAAGGUUCCUAGAGAAUUAUUCUUAAGAAAUCUAGAAUCUUUAAGUGGAUACAUGCUUCAUUAUUUGCUGAUACUUAUGAAAUGUUACAUGUAGACUCUCAUACUAGACCAACAGAAGAUGGUACUUUUAAGGCGGUGAAGUAGAGAAUUAUAAAGCAGAGUAAAUCUAUGGAAAGUUUAUGUAACUUAGAUACAUUUAGUUAGAUUUAUAUUAUAAAUGAUAUACAGUAUAUUUUUCUAGCAUGUAUCAUAGGAACCAAAAUUAUUAAAGAUUUAGUGCUAUAUACCACCAUUUAUCUGCCAUUUAUCUUGAAACUUGUACUAACUCUGGUGCUGAUUGCAUGGUGCAGGAAACCAUGUGUUGAGAUAGUUAGGUGAACACUUUACAGCUAUAUUGUAGUGAGACUGUUGUGUAACUGUGUGUAUCUUGGGUGUUUGUUGGUGGUUUGAUGGAUUCUUUUAUUAUUUUACCUGCAAGAUAUUUAUAAUUCUAUUCAUGUUCUUUAUACAUUAACCAUGUGUUAUCACUUACCAUAUCUUUUGUCUCUUGAAAGGCACAUGGUUCUAGAAAGAUUUCUCUCCUGAUCAUUGUCCAGAAAUAACACAAAAACACAGGCUGGGAAAGCUUUGGCCUGAGGUCUGGUUUUGUUGUGUAGCUGAUAAUGCUGGUGAUGCAUGUUUUGGUGAAAGAAAGAAUAGAAAAAAGGGGAAAAAAAAUACAUAACCAGUGAUUGUGUGAGUGGAGUUUUUUUAUGUACUGUUUCUAAUAAUUUUAUUCAUUAAAAAACUGGUUAUGGUAUAGGUAUAAGAUUAAAGCUGAGGAGGAAACCACACAGGUGUUGUGAAUUCAGCUUGACAAAUGUAAUCUCCUUGAUAUGAGGAAAUCCAUGUGCAAGACCUAGUGUGCUUUGUUGGGAAAAGACAUCCUAUCCUUUAAGGCAAAAAAAUAUGGUACAUGUUUGUUAAUUUUCUCAUAAGUAAUAUUUGCAGUAAUACUCAUGUUCAUCAUGAUUCAUUAUGUAAAAAUCUUUAUAUGAAUUAACUGGUGACUAAUGAUUGAGUUACUCACUGAAGAAGCUUACAGUGAAUUACUGCCCUGUGACUCAGGACCUGCUGUGAAGUUUUGCUUCCUGUCUUUAAAGUUUACAGAUCAUACUUGAUAGAGAAUAACUUGUAGACACCAAUAUUUUUGCCAACUGUGUGAUUAAAGAUGGAUCUUUAAUGAAGAAUAUAAUAAGGGAUUCUUUUAUAGCCACAAAAUCAUAUGUAAGUAUAAGAAUCUGCCAUUGCCAAGUGUUGUCCUUGAUCCUGCACAAAAUUUUACAUUUAUUUUCCAAACCUAUUUGACUAUGAGACUCUUGACAACUGAUUGUUUUCCUCAAUGUUGUUUAAUCUCUUAAUAUUACACUGCAUCAGGACAAACUAUGAAAAGGAACAGGACACAGAUGGGAGAAUUAAGUUUUUAUUCAAGUGAAAAGUAAUGUAAAAGGAAUGGGUACAUAUAUCACAAGUUGAAAAGUGGCAGCUGGUGCUCCCCUACCAUCUUGCUGUGAGGGGCAGUGACCACCUGAACAGUAACUGGAAAUGCUGCACCAGGCAUGCCAUGAAGCACAGCUGCCUCACCAUUCAUAAAAGAUACACAUUACUUGUACAUUCUUUAGAGCUGUAUGUGCAGGAGGGUUAUGGGUCUCUAUUCUUGGCAUCCAUGAUAAUACUGAUUCAAGGGAAGACUGGAAUAGCUUUAUCAAUAAACAAGCUAUCCAGUACAGCACAUUGCAUAUGUUUUCUACAUGCUGGGAUGGAGUCACUCAGCCCCAGCAAGAUCAUGUUUAAGAGCCUGAAACUGAACCUGACAUUAAGGAAUUACUGUCAAGGAAAAGCAAGAACUUGACACAGUCCACUAAUUCAUGUGGAUUCAUUUGAUGCAGAGGGGAGAUCUGCAGGAACAGCAAACACCACAGGUAGAGACAUGUAUCACUUAGUUCAAUAUAGGGUAAGCACUUUGUAUGCACAAUCUGUACAGUAAAAUGUGACCAUUAUUAACAUGAGACAUUUUCAGUAACUGUUUUGAUUUUUAAAAGAUACGUAAACUUCCAAAAAAACAAAUGUUAGUACUUUUCAGCCAUUUUGGCUUGAAUGUUUCAACACAAAUAGCUAAGAAAAGUUUUCAUUGCCUAAAAAAAAAGGGUCUUUCUGGGAUACUUAAUCUGAUAUUGUUCAGGUGAACUUGUACUUCCAUGGUUCUCUGUCAGUAUGUUUGUAAGCUGAGUUUAAUAGUAUUUUGAAUCACACACAAGUCAGCAGGGCAGUGAGGUGCUGUGGUGCACUCCUGGUGGGUGGUAGGUGAGCACCACACCCAGGAGCAGGAGAAUGAGGCAUCUGUAGUGGGUACUUUGAUCUUUUUGGCUUCUAACAUCUUUGUUUACAAUGAAUAUUUUUGGCAAAUUGUGGCUGUAACUUGGAUUUAUAAUACUCCUAUGUUUGAUUUAACUUACUGAAACAAAAUGCCUCUUUGAUGGAAUUUAGCUUGUAUUACUACUAAUGUAUUUAUUGUUAUUUUCUUUAAUCAAGAAAUAUAAUACUGACAGAGUUUUUGUUGUAUAUGAAUGGAUCAAGUAUGAAAGUGACCACAGUGCAAUAUUGUGGUUAUGUUGUCUUGAAAAAAAUACAAUAAAGUUAUGAAAGCUGA